CGCUCCGUUCACAUCCCAACCAAAAGCCAGCGUCCACUGCCCACAGGACACGCUCCCCUCCCGCGCCGCGAUUCCUCCCUCGGCUCCACCCUACCACCCGCCCAUCCCCGAGCGAUAAAAAGGGCCCCGGCCGCUCUAGGUGCGUGCAGGUCGACAUCCAAGUCACUCCAAACCCCACACACGCGAUUCGUCGUCAAGGCUAAGCUCAGUCACACAGUGUUCGCGAUGAUCCUGGUGGCCGUAGUGGCGGAGCUGCUCGAGGAGUACACGGUGCUGGUGGCCCGGGUGCUGGAGCAGCUGUUCAACGACGCGCCCUUCCCUCGCCGGAUGCGGUUCCUCAUGCUGCGGAGCCUCCCCUUCGUGCCGCCGCCGCUGCCCCCUCCGCCGCCGUCGCACGCCCUCCGCGUCACCACCCGCGGCUGAUCGACCCCACGACUCCCUCGCCGGCUCGUAGGAUAGGUUAAGCCGAGUGUGCUCUGCUUUUCUCAGUUGGUUUAGUCGAUUCUGUCGGCUGCUGGUUCUUGUCGGACAAAGUCCAGGUUCGCGGAUCAAUUUGUUUCUGUACAUAGUAGUAUUUUUUUGGGUGAGAAGAAACUUGAAAGACAGUGAAGUUGUGCUUUCUCGCAUUGUGAUC